AUGACGUACGGCACGGAAACACGCGAGGACACCAACAAGACGAAACAAAUGCUGAGGUUGGCCGAGAUGAAAACAUUGAGAACAAUAGUGGGGAAAACAAGAAGAGACAGAGUAAGAAAUACAGAUGUCAAAGAGCAAUGCGGGAUACAAGACAUUGUGAGAUGGGGAAGACAACGUAAGAGGCAGGGGUACAACCAUGUAAGACGGAUGGACGAGACCAGACUUCCGAGAAUAGUCCUAGAAAACGACCCGCCCGGCUCAAGGCCUCCCGGGAGACUACCUAAAAGGUGGAAAGAUAGUUGGCAAUCCACUUCUCAGGAAAAGAUGCAGAUGCAGCUUCACAAUUAA